AUGCGCAGCGCCGGAGGGGAGCCCCGAGGGGAGCCCGCAGACGCCGGAGGGCCCCUGCGCUGGCACAGCACGGGCGGAGCCGGGGGUCUGUCCCUCCGGAGCCAGAGGCCGCCUUCCCGCCGUAGAGGGUCCGCGGAGCCCCGUGGCGUGCCCCACGUCAAGGAAAUCGAGACGCGGAGCCCGGACGUCCCCGGACGGGGCUCCCCGCCGCGGCCCGCGCGCCCCGCCUCUCCGCUCCCUGCCCCGGACCUGCUGGCGAUCCUGAUGCCGAGGCCCCGCGUGCGGAGAGGAGAGGCUUCUGCGCGCGGCCGGCCCGAGCCCAGCCGGAGCAAAGGCGGGGACCGGUGCAGGCCCUCCGGCCACCCCUGGCUUCAAGAACGGGGCCAUCAUCUCAGCGGGGGCCCGGGGCCCACCUUCUGCGCAGGACCUGCCCCUCUCCUGACCCCAUUUUCCACGUCCCGGGUUCCCUGUUCCCGCUGCGCUUUCCCUAUGAACAACGGGCCUCGCCUAGGUCGUGGGCCGCAUGCCCGGGAGCAGGCGUCCCUGGGCGGGCCCCUGCCCUGCCGCCCCGUCCGCAUUUACCUCAUCUCGAUGACAGCCGUCCCAACAGCUGCGAGGGACGAGGGCCAGACCUCCUCGGCGGGAGGUGCCCAGCGCGCCCCCUGGCGGGCCGCCGUCGCUCCGGCAGCCUCAUCGCCUGGCGCGCGGCUCCCCGACCUGGAUGUGGGGGGCCGGGCCGGGCUUUCCGAGCCCGCGGAGACAGGGAAGAGUCCGUCCAGGCGGCUCGUCUCCUCCCCGUCCCAGAGGAAAGCGAUGUUCGAGGUCGUCCACUCUGACCUUGACACCGGCGGUCAAGGUCAAGCCUUUCCAGCCGCGGCCUCUCACACGGGCUCCAGGGCUGGGGCCUUCAGCAAAACCCUGCAAAGCCAGGCUCUCGAGCCCGGGUCUCUGACCAAAGGAGCCGUCUCCCCGGAGCACAGGCUCCGCAUCCUGGGGCCUCCGGCUCGUCCAGGCUGCCCCGACCAGAGUCAGCCCAGCGCCACCAUGCCCACGGCAUCAGCGGGGACAGCUGGCACCGGGGAUAUAGUUAGCCUGCCCGGAGCAAGGCGAGGGCUCCUCGAGCUCCUCCCCGACGGUCAGCAGGUGCGCUGGGCAGAGCAGCAGGUGGUACGCCCCCGGGGUCCCCAGCGAGUUCCUGAAGCCUCAAGCGUUGCCCCACCAACUCCCUUCUCCCAGACCGAGGGGUCUGAGGACGGAGGACCCUCCCCUGCGGAGGCACAUGGGUCCAGUGCGGUCGCCUCCCUGUACGACACCCGACGGCGGGCUGCCGAGUGGCCGGCCCGUCACAGUCUGCAGAUUCCGCAUCUCCUGGGCCCCCUCACCGGGCCUGCCACUCGCCGGUCCCCGCAGUCGGAAUGGACGGCCGCCCGCACGGAUGAACGAGGGGUCCACUUCCCUUCACGUGCUUACCACGAGUUACAGGGAAGAUUACCUCCUGACCCCCCAAUCCAGACUGCUUACCCCUCAGACUGA